AUGUUUGCUCAAAUAUCUGCAAUUUACUUGGAGGAGGCUUUCAAAGAUGAAAUAACUGCACUCCUCCCACCUCCAAAUAAAGUAAAGUCUCAAGUCUUUGUCCAAACUAAGAUCAGGGACUAUGAAAUUGGACAGUGGAAUGUGGGGACAGUGCUAAAUGGAAAGUCUCUUCGAUUUACACUGGGGUCAGACUUGGCAGAGAAUAUACAUCCAUACCGGCUGCAGGAUGGGGUUGCAGGAGAUUCGCUGCAGUUUGAGGCUGACAAGGCAUCAGAGGAAGAAUCUCUUUUCACCAUGCCACCUGGCCAGGAGACUAGUCCUAAGUCCCCACUAGGUGAAAGCAUCUUUGAGAGCCAGCCACUUAACCCCAUCCUGGAUGACGACUGCAGUUCAACUUGUGGCUUCCCCACACAGAAGUCUUUUACCAUGGCUUCCUGUGCCUCAGAAAGCCACUCCCAUUGGCUCCACAUCCCCAUCGAAUGCACAGAACUAGACCUGCAAAUGUUUUCCAGCUCACCCUCCUGCACUGGAUCUGAGACAUUGGGGGGGAACACAGCUGAAAACUCUGAAGAUAGGCUGGAGUUCAAUAUGCCCUUUGAAGUCCCCAGUGAUUAACUCUACAGAGGUGAGCUCGAAAGGUGGGACAGAAAGACCAGAAAUUGGGUACCACCCUCAAGGAAUUUUCUUUACAGUACUGUUGUUCAGUAGGGCUAGGGGUAGAGGAACAGCAAACUGGAAACACUAAAGGGGGCAACAGUGACUAUGCUAAUCUUUGGAGUCUGUCAGCCAAACAUCACAUUUCUGGGCCUACAGCUGUCAAGGUAGUAAGUAGCUUGGUUGAUAUGAUUGCCAGUCUUUCCAUCCUGGCCUUUUACAAGCUUUCUCAGGACCUCAAUAUCUAAUAGUGAUAUUCAAUUAUCUCUGCUCAUUUAUAAGCACCAUGAAACAGUGGGAAAAUAUGGAAACUUUGGCAUCUGGUAGUCCUGUGUUUCAAAUCUACCUCUAUUCCU